GGGUGUCAAAGGCUCCGCUCUGAGUGGGGGAUGGGAAUAUCUGUGGCGCAAUCAUUGCGCGAGAUUGGGCCAUGGUCGCUGGGGCCAUGCUUAUAUCUCGCGAUAUUUCAGCUGCUCCUGUCUGGAACUAGAGGCAGCUUCUCGCGAGAGCCCGUGCUGAGAGCUCUGUGAGGCCCCGUGUGUUUGUGUGUGUGUAUGUGUGUUGGUGGAUGUGAGUACGGGGAAGCAGCGGCCGCCAUUUCAGAGAGCUUGCUGAAGCUGUCGCAGGGGUGGAUCCUGAGCUGCCGAAGCCGCCGUCCUGAACUUCCGCGCGGGCUCCUCUAAUCCCAUUGUUUCUUUUAGAUUCGCUCGGGCCUAUCCGCCCUCGGAGCCCGAAAUUCGGGCUGGGCGGAACCUCGGCCUGGGCCUAGCGGCUUAACAGUAGCAACAGCGGCAGCAGCAGCAGCCCCCCUCUUUCCGAAUACAAGCACCCCAGGGGCCCGAAAGCCCGCACAGACGUUUAGAGAGAAUGGCAGACGAUAUUGAUAUUGAAGCAAUGCUUGAGGCUCCUUACAAGAAGGAUGAGAACAAGUUGAGCAGUGCUAACGGCCAUGAAGAACGUAGCAAAAAGAGGAAAAAAAGCAAGAGCAGAAGUCGUAGUCAUGAACGAAAAAGAAGCAAAAGUAAGGAACGGAAACGAAGUAGAGAUAGAGAAAGGAAAAAGAGCAAAAGCCGUGAAAGGAAGCGAAGUAGGAGCAAAGAAAGGAGACGGAGCCGCUCAAGAAGUCGAGAUCGCAGAUUCAGAGGCCGCUACAGAAGUCCUUACUCCGGACCAAAAUUUAACAGUGCCAUCCGAGGAAAGAUUGGGUUGCCUCAUAGCAUCAAAUUAAGCAGACGACGCUCUCGAAGCAAAAGUCCAUUCAGAAAAGACAAGAGCCCUGUGAGGGAACCUAUUGAUAAUCUAACUCCUGAGGAAAGAGAUGCAAGGACAGUUUUCUGCAUGCAGCUGGCAGCAAGAAUUCGGCCAAGGGAUUUGGAAGAGUUUUUCUCUACAGUAGGAAAGGUUCGAGAUGUGAGAAUGAUUUCUGAUAGAAAUUCAAGACGUUCCAAAGGAAUUGCAUAUGUGGAGUUUGUUGAUGUUAGCUCAGUGCCUCUAGCAAUAGGAUUAACUGGCCAACGUGUUUUAGGAGUGCCAAUCAUAGUACAAGCUUCACAGGCAGAAAAAAACAGAGCUGCAGCAAUGGCAAACAAUCUACAAAAGGGAAGUGCUGGACCAAUGAGGCUUUAUGUGGGCUCAUUACACUUUAACAUAACUGAAGAUAUGCUUCGGGGAAUCUUUGAGCCUUUUGGAAGGAUCGAAAGUAUCCAACUCAUGAUGGAUAGUGAAACAGGCCGAUCUAAGGGAUAUGGAUUUAUUACGUUUUCUGACUCAGAAUGUGCCAAGAAGGCUUUGGAACAACUUAAUGGAUUUGAGUUAGCAGGAAGACCAAUGAAAGUUGGUCAUGUUACUGAACGUACUGAUGCUUCCAGUGCUAGCUCAUUUUUGGACAGUGAUGAACUGGAAAGGACUGGAAUUGACUUGGGAACAACUGGUCGUCUCCAGUUAAUGGCAAGACUUGCAGAAGGUACAGGUUUGCAGAUUCCACCAGCAGCACAGCAGGCUCUACAAAUGAGUGGCUCUUUGGCAUUUGGUGCUGUGGCAGAUUUGCAAACAAGACUUUCUCAACAGACUGAAGCUUUGUUUAUUGUUAUAUAUUGGAAUGAAAUUUGGUCAAAUAAAAUGAUUACGCUUCAGCUUUAGCUGCAGCUGCCUCUGUUCAGCCUCUUGCAACACAGUGUUUCCAACUUUCUAACAUGUUUAACCCUCAAACAGAAGAAGAAGUUGGAUGGGAUACAGAGAUUAAGGAUGAUGUGAUUGAAGAAUGUAAUAAACAUGGAGGAGUUAUUCAUAUUUAUGUUGACAAAAAUUCAGCUCAGGGCAACGUGUAUGUGAAGUGCCCAUCAAUUGCUGCAGCCAUUGCUGCUGUCAAUGCAUUGCAUGGCAGGUGGUUUGCUGGUAAAAUGAUAACAGCAGCAUAUGUACCUCUUCCAACUUACCACAACCUCUUCCCUGAUUCUAUGACAGCAACACAACUACUGGUUCCAAGUAGACGAUGAAGGAAGAUAUAGUCUCUUAUGUACAUAGCUUUUUUCUUUCUUGAGAAUUCAUCUUGAGUUAUCUUUUAUUUAGAUAAAAAUAAAGAGGCAAGGGUCUACUGUCAUUUGUAUACAAUUCCUGUUACCUUGAAAAAAUAAAACUGUUAACAGGAAUGCAGUGUGCUCAUUAUCCCUAACUAGCAAAUCCCACUGUAUACAAAGCUGUUCUCUUGUUCUGCCUUUUAAAUGUACAUGUAGAAAUUUACAUUAAGGAUCUAUAGGAAUAGCUCUAGGGGGGAACAAAUGUGCUUAAUGUAAAAAGGCAGACAGGGAUGUAAUUAUGUUUUUAAUGUUUCAGAAGCCUAACUUUUUACACAGCAGUUACAUUUCACGUUUCACUAAUGUUGAUACUUGGCUAAUGGUUUAGCAGAUUCUGGAGUACACAUUUAGUGUAUGGAAAUUGAAGACAGCUAAAGGGCUGUUUGAUUAACAUCUCAUCUUGCAUCGUGAUCAAUUGGCAAGAAGAGUUUUCAAGAUUACAUUUCUGGAUAGUAUCUUUUCAAUUAAUGUAUCUGUAAAAGUUUCUUUGUAAAUAUUAUGUGUUCUGGUGUGUCUAAGAUUCCAAACAAAAUGAUGCCUGCAUUUCCUCAAGAUGUUUAGUGACAGUCUGGUAAGCAAAGCCGUCUGAGCAAGAAAUAGGAAAUGCAGAAAUAGGUUUUGUCUGGUUGCAUAUAAUCUUUGCUCUUUUUAAGCUCUGUGAGCUCUGAAAUAUAUUUUUGGGUUACUUCAGUGUGUUUGACAAGACAGCUUGAUAUUUCUAUCAAACAAAUGACUUUCAUAUUGCAACAACCUUUGUAAGAACCACUCAAAUAAAAUUCUCUUAAAAAGGCC